CUGACCUGAUAGUUUGCAUUGCACAUGCGUUCUAUUUCACCAUCCUUUUUUCGAAUGAAUGCGUCUAAUUGGUCGAUGAAUGCUUCUUGCUUCUGUGACUCGGAAAUCUGCUUAAUGAUUGGGCCAAGUUGUUCUAUACUCUCUGCAUCGUCCAAUCCAGCCGUGAGUGUAAGUGAGGAUGAGUCGAUGGAGGCUUGCAAAGACAUAGAGUUGUCCGAAAUAAGCGAAGACGACGCUAUUGACUGUACCAGCUGGCUGAGCUGUGGAUCUCUGUUAGUCUUGUCAUCCAUUAAAGCCAUUUAAGCUGGUUUUUGAUACCAGAAGGAGUUCAAGCUACCGACAAGUAUCUCCAAACGCAGUUCAAAAUGCGCGGAGUUAAAAUAGUACCCAAAAAUCGAAAGCAGUGUCAAAGCAAUCCUUGACCAUGUACCCAACACAAUCAGACCAGCCACAAGGCAAACUACAUUUCAAAGCAUUCAGAGAAAAUCAUUUCGGUCCAGAGAAGGUCUACCACUGGAACAGUCUGUUCUUUCCUAAUGGCAACCAAUGGCGAUCAACACCUCAAGACGGUCAGCAACAGCACGUUAGUCAAAAUCAAACAAAACGGCGGCCACGUGCAGUAGAAAACGAAAAGAAGUUAAAUAAGAGGCCACGGAUCAGUCAUGAAAGCAGAAAAAGUUCCAAGCAUAAUGAAAGCAAGCUGUCCGAGCAAGCUAUUGAGAUAUUUCGGUUCUCAGAGGCUUGGAAACGAGAAAAAGCUCAACGGUUGGCUGAACAAGAGAAGGAAGAUGGCGUAGAGAAAAAAACCAUAUUUCCUGAAUCAUCAGCUGCACAUUUAGAUGGAACUGAGCCACCGGCUACAUCUCUCGUUCUCUCUAAUACGGAGCUAAUUGAUACUUCGCCGGAUAUCAAAACUUUAGAACAUCUCGUUAACUUCACGUAUACCGCAAGCUGUACUCAAGACACUGUUCUUUGGCCAGUUUUGCCGUUGCGUUUAUGAUAGACUGUACACUAUAUUGUAAAAAAAGUAAUAAUUGUAUUCUAGUUCAACCUCCAUGCAGAGUGCUAAUAAAGACAAUUUCAUCAUUGUCUUG